UCAGACAGAUGCGGGCUGGACUUCACCAUUUAUUGGCGCCGUGAUCGAGUCACUCUAAAGAUGAAAUAUUCUCUGAUGCUCAUGUUUCUUGUGGCUAUCGCCGCAAUUCACCAGGCAGAGGGUGGUCCUUGGUGGCCAGGCCUAGUUGAGAACCACGGAAAAACCAAGCGAGGUUGGCCUACGUGGCCAGGCCUAGUUGAGAACCAAGGAAAAACCAAGCGAGGUUGGCCUACGUGGCCAGGCCUAGUUGAGAACCAAGGAAAAACCAAGCGAGGUUGGCCUACGUGGCCAGGCCUAGUUGAGAACCAAGGAAAAAUCAAGCGAGGUUGGCCUACGUGGCCAGGCCUAGUUGAGAAUCAAGGAAAAACCAAGCGAGGUUGGCCCACAUGGCCAGGCCUAGUUCAGAACCAAGGAAAAACCAAGCGAGGUUGGCCUACGUGGCCAGGCCUAGUUGAGAAUCAAGGAAAAACCAAGCGAGGUUGGCCUACAUGGCCAGGCCUAGUUGAGAACCAAGGAAAAACCAAGCGAGGUUGGCCUACAUGGCCAGGCCUAAAUGAGAACCAAGGAAAAAACAAGCGAGGUUGGCCCACAUGGCCAGGCCUAGUUCAGAACCAAGGAAAAACCAAGCGAGGUUGGCCUACAUGGCCAGGCCUAGUUGAGAACCAAGAAAAAACCAAGCAAGGAAACGCGAAAAUCUCUGGAACCAAACUGGAAUAAAGAAGGAUCAAAACUGUGUCCUUCCAACAGAAUGUCGCAGUUCGACCGUUAAUGAGAAAUCCACUGUCAAGACAGAAAUAAAAUUUGCAUCUAAAAA